ACACUCACAGGCUGGGUUUGGCCGCAUGCGUGCAAAGGAGAACUCUCUCCGGCAGAGAAAGAGAGACAAACAGGAGCAGUCGAGGGCAGAGCAGGCCAAGGGGCACUGGGCCGCCUGUCCACCUGCUGGCCCUAGGAUGGUGCCUCCCACUGGCAGGCACACAUAGCGGUCAGAGAUGGCACCAGACAUGAGGCUCCUCUUCUUGGUCGCUGGAUGGCUGACGGCAGCCCUCUCAGGUCACCCAUCUCCGUCCCCCUCUGACCAGCGUGAUACCAGCAGCACAGAGAGCCCGCCUUUGGAGCCAGGGGAGCGACUUGGGGUCCGCCUGGUGAACGGAAGCAGCCGCUGUAGCGGGACGGUGGAGGUCAGGCUCAGGUCGUCCUGGGAGCCCGCCUGCGGCGCGCUCUGGAGCCGCACGGCCGCGGAGGCCUUGUGCAGCUUGCUGGACUGCGGAGGGGCGCAGGGGCCGGAACCACCCUUCCUGCCGACUCCGGAGCUGCCACCUGGUCCAGCCGCAGGCAACGCCAGCGGGGCCCCGAACGCCACGCGGGCCGUGGCGCCCGCCAUCCUGUGCAGCGGUGCCAAGUGGCAGCUCUGCACCGUGGCGGAGCACCCGUGCAGCAGCGACGGGAGGCCGGCCCAGGUCACCUGUACAGAAAAUCGCGAUUUGAGAUUAGUGGGUGGUGGCAGCUCGUGCGCGGGCCGCGUGGAGAUGCUGGAGCACGGCCAGUGGGGUUCGGUGUGUGACGACACGUGGGACCUGGAGGAUGCCCACGUGGUUUGCCGGCAGCUGAGCUGCGGCUGGGCAGUCGAGGCCCUGCCCGGCUUGCACUUCGCCCCUGGCCAAGGACCCAUCCACCGCGACCAAGUGAACUGCUCCGGGUCAGAGGACUACCUUUGGGACUGCCUGGGGCUGCCGGGAAACGGCUACUGUGGCCACAAGGAGGACGCUGGCGUGGUGUGCUCAGAGCACCAGUCCUGGCGCCUGACCGGGGGCGCUGAUGCCUGCGAGGGGCAGGUGGAGGUAUACUUCCGAGGGGUCUGGAACACAGUAUGUGACAGCACGUGGUACUCACCGGAGGCCAAGGUGCUCUGCCAGGAUUUGGGCUGUGGGACUGUGGCCCAGGUGCCCAAGGGGCUGCCCCACUCCCUGGCGGGCAAGAUGUACUACUCAUGCGAGGGAUGGGAGCCCACCCUCUCCAACUGCUCCUGGCGGUACAACAACUCCAACCUCUGCAGCCAAUCGCAGGCAGCCAGGGUCCUCUGCUCAGGUGCUCGGAGUCUGCUCAAUCUGUCUACUCCCGAAGUCCCUGCAAGUUUUCAGCCAGUCACUGUGGAAUCUUCUGUGACAGUGAAAAUGAAGGACUGGGAAUCUCGAGAGCUAAUGCUCCUCAUCACCUGCAUCGUUCUGGGAAUUCUCCUCCUUGUCUCACUCAUUUCCAUAGCCAUCAUCCUCUUGAGAAUUAAAGGAAAAUACGCCCUCCCUGCUACAGUGAACCACCAGCACCUACCUACCACCACCCCAGUAGGGAUCGAAAGCUAUCAAGGGGUCCCCAUCACCAUUGCCAAAGAAGAAGUUCCCAAGCUGCCCAUCCAGGUCCAGGCCCUGCCCCCUGAAGACUCGAACUCCAGCUCGGACUCAGACUAUGAGCACUAUGACUUCAGCACCCAGCCUCCCGUGGCCCUGACCACCUUCUACAAUUCCCAGCGGUACCGCUUCACAGACGAGGAGGUCCAGCAGAACAGGUUCCAGAUGCCCCCCCUGGAGGAAGGAUUUGAAGAGAUGCACACCUCCCAGGUCUCACCUGCCAACCCUGAACACUGCAUUGCAGAAGCCCCCUCUCUGGGCCCUCAGCACCACCCGAGGAACAGCAGCCACUCCAGCACGUCCUCAGGGGAGGAGUACUGCAAUAGCCCCAGCAGCAGGCUACCUCCGUGGGACUCUCAGGUGUUUCCUUCAGAGAGGAACCCCCUCCUGGAGCAGCCCCCGAACUUGGAGCUGGCAGGCUCCCAGGCGACUUUUUCAGCAGGGCCCCCGCCUGAUGACAGCUCCAGCACCUCCUCCGGAGAGUGGUACCAGAACUUCCAACCGCCACCCCAGCCCCCUUCUGAGCAGUUUGGAUGUCCAGGUACGAAAAGUGAAGCCCAGAGGAGUCAUGGAACUAAUUCAAGGUCACCCAGCUGGGACCCAGGAGCCAGACUCUGAGCCCAUCACAGGCAGGAAGAGGAACAGGGAAGAAAAUGGGAAGGUAGAGGCUGGAGAGAGAACAGGGAGGGUAGGAUGGAGCCGAGAGAGGAUGAGGACGCAUCAUUUCUUGGGGAAGGGUUGUCCCCCAAGAGGACGGAAGCCCAUCCUGGCUGAAGGCAGAUGCCCCUUCCUGGCUCCAUCCCCAUGCCAGCUCACCACACUCACCCUUCAAAUGCAGAAGGAGGGAAAGUCGCCCCCCUGGGCCCUGGCUCUGCCUGGGAUUCACUUUCCUUCUGGGCGACCAGUUCUCAAGCACCCUCUCUGCCUGUGGGGUCUCCUGCCCUCCCUGCCACGCCGAGUGGAGCCAGCCCUUCCACUACACUCUCACAGCGGGGAGAGAAAGAUCACCCACGACCCCACUCACGAACACAUUCUCCCCCACGGGCCCCCAGGAGGCACACUGCUCUCCCUCCCUCCAGAAUAGCCAAGCAUUCAGCAAUCAGGGUCCAAUUCCUUCUGUGGCCUCCUCUCCGGGGUGCGGCCAUCCCUCCCCUGGGCCUCCCUCAGACUCCCCAGCCCAGCACCAAGGCCAGUGGAGGUGGUUCUCAUCUGAGGAAGAGAUGCUAAAACACCUGGGGGUCAGGAGCGCCCCCCACCAACUCUUCUGCACAACCUGGACUCGGAGACACCCUGUGACAUGUGACUGUGACGUCACCCUCUUGGUGCCCCGACUUCCUGCAGUUUGCAGUUUCUGGCUCUCACCCUCAUUGCUUCAUGUUCUCGGGAAUGUGAGGAGUGGCUGGGUGCACCCUGCGGUUAGCAGGAGGGAGUCAGUGUGCACUAGAGGCCCACAGCCCCCCCAAGACUUAGGUCCAGCCCCCUCCGCAGGACCACCCGGCUCGUGGCCGCACUCACCCUCUGGCCAGAACAACCUAUCCCUUGAGAAGGCCCUUGUAGAGUCCUGGCCUUCUGUUCCCAGGUUGCCUACCUGGAGGGUAGGGCCAGAGACAGCCCAGUCACCUUGCAUCUCUGGCUGCGGGGAUCCCCCCCGGGUGUGGGGUGAUGGCCCGCUGCAUCAACCUGGGGCCCUGCCCAGUAAAGGUCCUGAGAUUCCCCACCUCCAGUUCCAGGAAACUCACCUCCUCUCUUGCCACACAUGAGUCUUCCAGCUGCCUUGUGGGGCUCUCUUCUCCAUUCCUGACUUGACGGCCUGCUCUCUCCUGACCCACACAGCUGCGAUUGGCAUGCACCGUGGACCCACACGGCAGUCCUUUCUCCCAGCCGCUCGCCAGCACCCAGGAGGGAGCCCAGCACCCAGUGAUCCCUUUCCCCCAAGGGUGGGCUCCCGCCCAGAGUCUGGAACAGCCUUUGUCUCACACCUUAUCCACCAUCCUUCACCCAGCGUGCCAGGCCUGACCAUCCCAGUGGGAUGAGGGCCCUGGGGCAGAAUAAAGUUGAUUUACUCCAACA